CUUUCAUUGCUACCAGCACCACCUACGACGACGACACCCCCACCGUAGCAAUGCGGCACAUUCAGGCGCUGAUUCCAGCUGCAUUUUCUGCGAUAUUCCGGGUGUUUGUUUACCUUUUUCUGCAGGUGAUUCCGUCUCCAAUACUUGCAAUUAUCCUGCCAAUUGCUUUCUCAGCAUGGCUUAUUACCGCAUGGAUGCUACCGUCUCCUUCAGAGCACAAGGAAGUAAGCGACAACAAGGGUCGUACAGCAGCGGUAUACGUUGAAAGCGACGACAUUGUGUUAAACAUUCUUCUGUCGCUUCCAUCGUCAUCGCGUCGAGUUCGCUGGAUCAACAGCGCAAUCAAUAUUGCUCUUCUUCUCGCCGUUGCCGAAUUCCUUUGUACCCCAUUCUUAGAUUCUGCUUCGGAUGUCGUCUUCACCCGCGUCGGCGCUGUCUAUCCGGACAACGUCAAGGUUAUUGCUCGUUAUCCACCUAUAGACAAUAUGACCCAAUCCAUACGCAUUGUAUGGAGAGAGGCACCCAAGUCCGGGUCUCCAAGUGACAAAGAAAUAUCUUGGAAUGACGGUCCCCUGUUUAAUUUUGAUGAAAAUCAUGACUGGGUAGAUGUCGUUAGGAUUAAAGGACUUUGGCCUAAUAGCCAUUACGAAUACUCGCUUGCAACGACUAAUGGAACGCUACUACCUUACCCCUCCACACCUAUUAAAUUUCAUACUUUCCCUGACCCUCGCCUCCCCAAUGGAAACAAAUUCAGUUUCUUGGUGUCGUCAUGCAUGACCACGAAUUUCCCUUAUCUCCCUUUCCAAGGACGACGAAUCAAAGGUUAUGACAUACUCAGUGACCUUCUGUAUCCGAAGGAAUCUGCAUCUAGUCCCACCAAUGGCACAGAUGUCUCUGGGAAUAAGACACUAGCAAAAGAGAGAUCAAUAUUGCCAGAGUUCUUGCUUUUCCUUGGCGAUUUUAUCUAUGCCGAUGUUCCGAUUUACACAGGAAGCACCCUGGAGGAUUAUCGCAGACUAUAUCGCAGAAACUAUCAAAGCAGCAGUUUUAGAAAGAUUUAUGAGCGUUUGCCAAUAUUUCACACGUAUGAUGACCACGAGAUUCUCAAUAACUACGCUGGUGACGGGGACGAUCUCAAACCACCUUUUCCCAAUGCCUCAGAUGCUUUUGAAAUCUACAACGCCAAUUCGAAUUACGAUCCGAUUCACGAAAGUCACUAUUACUACGAUUUUCGCUACGGUGAUUCUGCUUUCUUCGUCAUGGACACACGCCGCUAUCGAUCUUCUGCAAUCGAUGAUUUAAAUGCGCGUGGAAUGCUUGGUGAGGCUCAACUGGCGGCCUUCUAUAACUGGCUUUCGAAGGCUAACGAAACAGCCAUCUUCAAAUUCGUAGUAACAUCAGUACCAUUCACAACGCUUUGGGGACAUGACGCUGCUACGGACUCUUGGGCUGGUUUCCCUGCCGAAAGGGCCUCUAUACUGCAAGCGAUGCACUCCGUGCCAAACGUAAUAAUUCUUUCUGGGGAUCGCCACGAGUUUGCUGCCAUCGAAUAUAAUCACGAAAGUCUUCAUACCGUGCGAGAAUUUUCUACAAGCCCUCUCAGCAUGUUCUACAUUCCUUUCUAUAGAACACUGAAAAUGCAAGGCGCAGAGGUCAUCACUAGGAUUAAACACAAACUGAACAUGACCGGCGAGGGACCAGAAUAUAUCACAGUGGAAGAACAGAUUCCAGCGGAGAGUGUAUUCAAAUACAUUCCCUCCGGCAACUACAAAUGGUCCACCAUCGAGGUGGAUAGUACGGACUUGGAAAAGCCGGUCCUACGCGUCAAGCUCACCAUCGACGGCAAGACAGCGUAUAGUUACACUUUGGAUGGAACGCCGGUGAAAAUACACUCGUCUACGGCUCUGGGCAUAUUUGUCUCGACAGGUAUCAAGGACGUGUUCAAUAAAUUCGGCAUACAUCCUAGUAAAUGGUUUUAAUAAAAAUACACUGUUCCUCUUUGCUUCUAC